CGUCGCGCCUGGAACUCAUAAAGGGCCUAUUGGAAGGAACCUCUAUGGUUUUCCCAAAUCGCUCUGAUUAUUCAACCAAGGCCUCCUCAGUGCACCCAUAAGAUUUUACAAGCUUCCAACAAAUAAGCAAAAUGGCUGGUUCCAGGGUUGCUCAUGCCACCUUGAAAGGACCUAGUGUUGUCAAGGAGCUAUGCAUUGGGAUGGCACUUGCUUUGGCUGCAGGGAGCCUCUGGAAAAUGCACCACUGGAAUGAGCAGAGGAAAGUGAGGCAAUUUCAUGACUUGUUGGAGAAGGGUGAGAUCAGUGUUGUUGUCCAAGAAGAAUAGAUCUUUGUAAUUUCUGUCCUGGUUCAAUGGACACGUUUGGCAGUUUGUUGAUCAUUUUGUGCUCCCCUCUAUUUGUCUAUUGAACCUAAGAUGAGCUUAGUUUGGAUUUUAAGUGAAUAAAUAUUGUGUACUGAUUUUGCUUUAGGUAUAAAACACAUGUAAGUUUCAUGAUAUUUGCAUGUGGUUGGUCUUAUGAUUUUGCUCAA